AUGUUGUGUGACCUCCCCUCCCUUCGGAACGGAGAGCCUGUGCAACAGUACACAGAAUCUUUUAGCAACCUUGAAAGCGACUUACGGCUCUUAUCGAACCCCAUUCCAUCGCAGAACGAGCACCUAUGGCGCGAUUGUGUACAGAAGGUCCUGAUUCUACAGACGAAAAUAUCCUGUUGCUCAAUGGUUUCUACCGCUAUUAGAGACGAUGGAAGCCAGCGACAAGCGAAAAUCAACGAGCUUUCUGACUUUACUCAACAACUAAUAGAUAUCGGGAGUUUGUAUUGCGAAUGGCACAAUUACAACCACGUGAAGGGGAUAGACAUAAUAUCCACAUACCGGCUGGAUAAGAUAAUUGCACUCCUUGUCCUCACAACAUACCUUCGCCUGCUGCAUGUGUAUGAGGGUCUUAUGCCAUCUUUGCUAAAUUCACCGGGCUAUUAUGGCAGCCUAGGCAGCCACAGCGAUAUUACCAACGCCUUUUCUCUAAGCAGCUCCUCGGACGGGCUGGGCAAUUCCGUAUUAUCACUUGAGUCCAAUCCCACCGCCUAUACAAGUUCACUACUCGGUUUACUAAAUCGACUAAGCCACUCCACACAGAGAUUCGUUGGACAGUGCUAUCGGAUAAUUCAAGCUGAUAAGAACGGAACCGCCAAAGGGAUUUCAAAUGGUAUCGAGGAAAUGCUGCAGACCGUGGUUACCCAGGAGCGGGAUUUGAGAACAAGGCUGAACAGGGAGAUAUGA